GCYCGCUUAGUCGCAAAGCCAUUCCAUUCAUUCCAACAUGGUGAUGGUGAACGAACAUGAACGACAUGGUGAAUGAAUCCAAUACUAAAACAACAACUGCGAGUGUUUUAAACGCGAACAAAGCCGGUCAAGAUAGCGAUGAAGGGUCCUUGUCAGYAGAUAACCAAGACGAUAAAGAAUGGUAUGAAAUUGCAAGACGUUUAGAAAUCGUGGUGGCCAUUGCAGACUACAGCCCUAACGACGACAGCCAGUUGAGUUUUAGAAAAGGGGAUCAMCUCACGGUUCUCAGUAAAGAAACAAACGACUGGUGGUGGACUGAAUUGGAUGGCUCCUGUGGAUACUCACCUGUCAAUUACCUUGUAAGGCAAGAAGACUACGAGACUGAAAACAAAUGGCAARAUGAGGAAUAUUUUAACAGCUAUGGURCCUUGGGUCUUCACCUUGAAAUGCUUAAUGAYCGUCCAAGAACUUGCGCGUACAAAAGGGCRAUCCAGCAACACGCUGGGUAUCUGAAAGACAAGGUUAUCUUGGAUGUUGGUUGUGGAACUGGYAUACUAAGUCUGUUUUGUGCCAGAGAGGGUGAAUGUAAGAAAGUGUAUGCUGUUGAAGCUAGCAACAUUGCUGACCUAACCACUGAAAUUGUAAAACAAAAUAAUUUCCAAGAUAAGAUUAUUGUUAAGAAGGGAAGAAUAGAAGAGGUAGAACUACCAGAAAAAGUAGAUGUUAUUAUUUCUGAGUGGAUGGGGACGUUCUUGGUGUUUGAAUUUAUGAUUGAGUCAGUAUUAGCUGCAAGGGAUGCUUGGUUGAAGCCCGAGGGUAUCAUAUGGCCAUCCCAUGCCAAGCUGUUCCUUGUUCCUUGUUCGACGAAAGAUCCUUAUGACAAAAAAGUAGAAGUAUGGAGAGAUCAGUAUGGAUUUGAUUUCUCCCCAGCAUUAGAAGUCUCUAAAAGAGAAUUCCUAUCAAGACCCAUUUAUGACCACAUUUUCAAUAUGGAUGAUUGUCUAUCAGAGCCUAAGCUCCUAACACAAUUUGAAAUGAUGGAAAUUAGGAAAGAAGAGAUUGAAGUCUGUGCACCUUCAUUUGAAUUUGAAGUCAAUGAAGAUUCUUUGUUGUAUGGAUUCUGUUCUUGGUUUGAAGUAGUUUUUGGUGGUGUCCCGUUAUCAAAUGGUACACGUUAUGUCACCCUGCCAACCUCCCCUGAUAGUGAACUAACUCACUGGAAACAGGACUUAUUCUUACUUGAYGAGCCAAUAACUGUCCAGAAGGGUAAUUACCUGAAAGGUACAAUCUAUAUCAAGCGUAACCCUGAAUACCGACGACAUCUUACUGUAACUUAUGACUUUAUAGUCUCUUAUGGUCACUCAGUUGAUAAUGGUGAUAUAUCAAGAGAGAUCAUUAAUGACGUCAAAAAGACUUUUUACAUAUGGAGAUAACGAGAAUAUUCAUAUUUAAUAUAAAUUUUAGACUUGAGUUUUGAACACUGUGAUUGGUCAAGUGACCAGUGAUUAUGAGAUGACAUUCACCGCUACAGCUGUGAUUUAAGGUUUUCCAACGUUUGCCAGAGCCCAARUAAUAAUUAUAUACUAAAACGAUUUUUAUCCCCAAUUUUGUCUUUUGUCUGAUAUUCAAGUUUAAAAUUAUACUUAAARUGAUUAUAGUGAAUAUUUACCUAGUCACUCGAAGACUCAUGGCUCAAUAAAUAUUCACCAAUAAUCACUUUGCCUUUGGUGAUUAUUGUUAAACAUCAUUAUAUUAUUAUAUUCAUAUCACAUUUUAUUUUGACAUAUUUCAAUUUUGACAGAUUAUUAUGAUUUUUCCAGUGAUCGUUAUUGUUAUUGUCAUUGCAUUUCCAGUUUGGUUCAGCAUAUGAAAUAAAAUAUAUAAUUACAGUGGUUCUUGCACCCUGGGUUUAAUUCUUCAAUUGUAUGUUACAUCAUUGCUGCCUCUUGGAAGAGUGUUGGUGUCAUUUAACAUACCAUUUCUUACUGGCAUCCUUUGUUAACAGUACCACAAUGGCCACCAUUUUUUUGUGGCUACAGCCUCAUAAAGGCAAGCCACCAUGUCACUGAAUUCUGUCCGUAGGUCCGGUCAUAACACCACAGGAAGCCUAAAUAGUGCUCAAUCCAUAACUUCAAACCAAUUUCCCAUUCCAGGCCAAAAGUCCAAUGUUUGUCAUCUAACUCAACASGUACAGUCAUCAUUAACUCAAUUUUCUUCUCACAAUAUUAAAGUAAAAUGCCUUUUCUGGUUAAAAAACUAUCAAAACCAGCUGAACUGAAAUAGUGACAUAAAAAUGAUGAMAUUGCAAAACUGAGUCGUCAA